UGCAGAGUGACUCUUCUGCCCAUUUAUUAAUCUCUACUCUGCAUUUUCCUCUCCACCUCUCUCUUUCCUACGGCUAGACUUUUCGCUUGCUCUCCUCUGGCCUUCGUACCACUUUUUCCACUGGUUUUGAAUCUGAGAAAGAAACCGCUAAAAGGGGGAUAGUCCGGCCGCAAAUUUCGAUUUUUUUCCUUAUAGCUUUCUUCAUCUCGCCCUCUAAACAAAACCCAUGCCGGUGUCGAACAAUCUUUGAAGGUGGCCUUACUGUACGAGGAGGCUAUGGGAAACUGCAUCAGCCAUGCUUCCAGGGUCGGCAGUGCUCGAAGCUCCCAGCAUACUUCAGGCCAGCCAAAAACCAUCACCAAGAUAAGUUUAGGCACAGUCCCUUCCACCUUAACCUGUUCAACUCCUUCAAACCUCACCGCGUCCUCAUUUAGCGAAAAGCCUGCUUCUGAAGUUCUUAUUACGCCUCGAACUGAAGGAGAGAUCUUAGCAUCUUCGAAUUUGAAGGACUUCACAUUCAAUGAAUUAAAAAAUGCCACUAGAAAUUUUCGGCCUGAUAGUCUCCUUGGGGAAGGAGGAUUUGGCUAUGUCUACAAAGGUUGGAUUGAUGAACAAAGCCUGGCUGCAUCCAAGCCUGGAGUUGGCAGGAUUGUUGCUGUCAAGAAACUGAAACCAGAAGGCUUCCAGGGCCACAAAGAAUGGCUGACUGAGGUUGAUCAUCUUGGACGACUUCAUCAUCCAAACCUGGUUAAGCUAAUUGGGUACUGCUCAGAAGGCGAUGAUAGGCUGCUGGUUUACGAAUUCAUGCCAAGAGGAAGCCUUGAGAAUCAUCUAUUUAGGAGGAGUGCUGAACCACUUUCUUGGACAAUAAGGAUUAAGGUCGCAGUGGGAGCUGCCAGAGGUCUCUCCUUUUUACAUGAUUCUGAAUCCCAAGUCAUAUAUAGGGAUGUUAAGGCGUCAAACAUUCUUCUAGACUCAGAAUUCAAUGCUAAGCUUUCAGACUUUGGACUUGCGAAAGCUGGCCCAACUGGAGAUAGAACCCAUGUUACCACCCAAGUGAUGGGCACUCAAGGUUAUGCUGCACCCGAGUAUAUUGCCACAGGCAGACUCACAGCGAGGGCAGAUGUCUAUAGCUUCGGUGUCGUUCUACUAGAAUUGUUAUCUGGACGCCGGGCUUUUGACAAGAACAAAGUGGGCAUCGAGCAGAAUCUCGUGGAUUGGGCAAAACCUUAUCUUAUAGACAAGCGCAAACUAUUCCGAAUCAUGGACACAAAAUUGGAGGGACAGUACCCCAAGAAAGGUGCCUACACCAUUGCUAAUCUUGCUCUGCAGUGCAUCAGUCAUGAAGCCAAGCAGCGUCCGCGAAUGAGGGAAGUCCUUGCCUCGUUACAAACAUUGCAAGAUGGGAAAGAUGGACCAAAAGUUGUGCAAAUAGAAGCCAGAGUGAAAUUGCCAGCAAGGUAUCGAACUUCUGUUCAGAUGCCAGAUGCAGCUACUGAUGCUGCUGUACCCUUACCAUUCCCAAAGCCAACAACACCGGUGCGUUGAAUGAAACACCGUGUAAAUCAUCUUCUGUGACAUGACAAUAGUAAACAGCUAGUGCUCAUUUCCUACCAGUUGAUUUUUUUUUAAUCAUAGGAAUUCUUGGUCGUUUAUGGCUGAAUCAGAUUUUGAAUGCUAAAAACACUACUCUGUUAUGGAAAAUAUAUAAGAGGGUAUCAAUGAUUUAAGUUUUUU